AUGGCAUUGCUUCUGUAUAGUUUUCCUUGGUUGUGUGGAGCGUAUGGGCUGGUUGGUCGAAACAAAAAGAUCUCUCGUCCACAUUUGUACCUCACAGUUAAAAGAGGAGUGAUGAUAUCGUUUGUACGACGUGAACUUGAAGAGAAAUUCAAGUGUGACGACGCUAAGGAACACUUUGAACUCCUUCGAGAACCUGAAAGAAAACCAAAAAUUAAAUAUUUGGGUCUCCUUUUAAGUAAAUUGAGAUGUAAAUCAUCUUCUGUCUCACCGACACCUGGUGGUGUUGUAUUAGCUUGCAGUAACCCCAGUUAUACCAAUAAAAACCCUUUACGAGUACCUGAAGAAAACUAG